UUGAGACACUGAAGAAGAUUCAAAGACAAUGCAAUUAGAUGAUGUGGAGUUAGAGAAACACGUGGAGACGUCAUCCCGUGAGAGCAGGACGGCCACAAACAGCCCAAAACGUCUGUCACACUCUAUUGAAGAAAUGCUGAAAAAACCUGUCCGACCUGACAGAACAGACAAGAAACUUAAAACAUCUGGAUGUACACAGACCAAGAUAAAGACGGACACUCCUAAAAUCAGUCCAUUCACAGCUCGUCGGUCCGGGCGCAGACGGGUACGGACCACGUUCACCAUGAGCCAGCUGGAGGAGCUGGAGAGAGUUUUUCAGGAAACACACUAUCCUGACGUUCACACCAGAGACCAGCUCGCCUGUCGAACGCAGCUGUCUGAGGGAAGAGUUCAGAUCUGGUUCCAGAACCGGCGGGCGAAGUGGAGGCGCAGUGAAGCUAAAGCAGCACACAGACCGCUAACCGAGCUGAGAGAUGCAAAACACACUCACCUCCUGACUCCUGUCCUCUGUGUUCCCUACCCGAGUUUUCACCAGAAGCUCUGGCUGCCGGAGUCAAGCUGUCCUCCCAUUGGUUCUCCUGAACUCGCCACACUUCAACACCGUUCAUACUUCUGACCUCAUCGCUUUCAUG